AUGAGAACAGAUACGCUUCUGACUGCUCACGGUGCUCUGUCGACGCCCUUUAUGGCAUUUCAGUUGGAUGCCGACGACGAAAUCUCAGGCUGGCUUUGGACGUUGACGAGUGGCGGCGGCGGCGGCAGCGAGUGA